UUUCAUUACAACAGAAACAGAUAAACUGUAACUGCAAAUUGUGUUGUUGAAUAUUGUUGCAGAAAUGAUCAACCGGAUGUUUAUCUCAUUUGUUUUUGAAACGAUUCCAGUCCAAAAUAAUCGCAAGUCUAAAAUAUUGUUUUUUUUUAAAAUUUAUCUAGUUCAACGGAAUAAAUGCUACCAAUAAUGAAUGAAUUGGAGAAAGAAAAAUCACUGGCUAAAAAGGCUCUGAAACUUCUUCGCCCUUCAUGGUGUGAAUUAAGGUAUGACGAAAUCAAAAACAAACCGUAUUUAAUUGGCAAGAAAAAGGACAGCCUUAGAACUGAAACAAUUUAUGUUACAAAUGCUUAUAAAGCGCUAGAUUUUGAUGGACUAAAGACUGUCAUCGCUGAUUCUGGACAAUCAAGUGUAGCUUUAUCAAUUCAAAGCAGCGAUUCAACGAAUGUGUUUUACAGGUGUGAAAUAGGAUUAAAAUCUGUUUGCCAGCGGAAAAACGAAGAAAGUUCUGAACAGGUGAAUAAAAGCGAUAGUGAAGUUGACUCAGAUAAUUAGUUUGUUAUAUCAGUCCUGUGUGUGAUGAUGUAAAUAUAUGCAGAAAACGAGGAUUUGAAUAAAAUUAAAAUUUUUUUUAAAUAUUCUAA